GGCAUCGACGUUUCUCCAUCUCUCACUAACCAAAACAACGUUGUAUUAACAACUUCGUCCAAACGAGUUAUAUUUUGUAAAUUAUUUAUAAUUUUCUAAGUGAAAUCUUAAAAUCGCCACCCUCGGGAGGUCUAUUAAUCUUCAACCUAAGAAAUGAGCUCACCGGAACGACAGGAGGGGACGCCUUUGGAGGUGAUCCAUGAGUUCGUCGCUGGCGUGGACAAUGGCACCGUGCGCCGCGAUCUGGCCGAGGACUGCAUUCUGAGCUUCUGCAGCCGCAAUGUCCGCGGCGACUCGGCCAUCACUGGAUUCCUGAGGACCCAGGUGACCAAUCGCUACAUGCACGAGCGAUUCGAUGAGGCGGCGGCCCCCAGCAUUGCCACAGAGAUAAUCCUGCGCGAGCGAUUCGGCAGGUCCUUCGAUCGAGCCCGUCGUCGCCUGUACGAACAGAAGGAGCGGGAACGCUCCACCACCAUGCACUUGCGUCCCGAGAGCGACGACGAUGAGGUGGUUGAGCGGAUGUUCCCCGUCCUUUUGGUCACGCCCCCUCGCGCCUCGAGCUACGCCCUUCACACCCUCAAAUAUGUGGAGGCCAUUGGGCUGUUGAAGAGCCGCAGCCACAACACUCACAGUGACGGCGGUCUGGAUCUGGGCGAAUCCUGCACGGUCCACCUGACUUUGGGCUAUCGCAGGACCCAGCUGCCCGGUCGAAACGUGCGCAGCAUUGAGAUCUGCCUGGUUGUGUAUGAUCGGGGUCCCACAAGCCUCAACCGAUCGAGCUUGCUUCCACAACCAUCCCGUAUUCCUGCGCGACAACGUGUUAUUGGCCGCUGUAAUCCGACCACGGAUGACGAAGCUGAGGAGGCACCGCCACCCACAACCAGACGCGGUGUGCGUCGCACUUUAUUCACAGAGGAAAAUACCGAGGAAGAGGAGGCGGAGGAUGAAGUCAGCCAGGUGGCGCAGGAGCAGCCACCUCAGCCGGCAGAGGAAGCACCCCAAGAGGAGGCCAACGUAGAUGCCGUAGUUCCCGUUCUCCCACUAUUGGAUACACCCACUUGCAGCAACUAUACACCAAGGAAACGUCACCAAACCGCCAAUGGCAACGAAGUCACACCAAAACGGACGCCGGGACAGCAACGGCUGCGUUUCUAGAGCUAGAAUCCAGAUGCUAGCGAACACAUAUGUUAAAAAACAGUUUCAGCCUAGUUGCGUUUCUAAAUCUCCGUAGCACAAUUUAUUUUUUAGGCUUUAGCGGAUACCUUAGAGCAUUCCCCACAAAUUUUCCGUAAUUAUUUAAUGAAGACUGAUUGCACCCGUUUUGAUCCCGCCUUCAGGGAUCCGCGUCGCGCUAGGCUAAUCCCCAAUAUGUAUUGUAUUACAUAGCCCUGUAUUUAUAUAUGUAUUAAAGUUCAAUGUUAAUUGAA